AAUUCCUCAUUAUAGGAAUUUUAAUCUCCUUCUUGGCUGGCUGCAAAGCUGACAAUCUCCUGUGUUCGCUCUGAAGCCAUUUUUUGCAUUGGAUGAAAAUUAUUUUCUAAAAGUGGGAAGAACUUUUGCAUUGGUACUCUCUUGUUUUGUAUUUGUAAAAUACAACCUUGUUAUAAUGGUGUUUCCCAAAAGGGUGGUUCAGCUUUCAAAUUGUUUUCAGUAUUUCGUGCGGUGUUCCCUUGAUGUUCUCAUGUCCUUGGGUUAAAUACUUUCUUACUAGUUAUAUAGCCACAUGCUUUAACGUGUGAAGUAAAAUGUUCAAUUUUCUGGGACUUAAAAAGUUUUCAUUUAUCACACUUAAGAUAGUAAUGUCACUUUUUCCCUUUUCUUGCUUUCUUUUUUUGCAGGUUUGUCCAAUCUCUCCGUCACAGGUUAGGGUCUAUUCUGUUAUUUGUGUCUUAUUUUUUAGUUCCAAUGGAGCUGUUCUAACCAUUGGAAAAACUUCUUUUCACUGGAUUCUUGUGCAAAUUAUGGCGGUGACACAGAUUGUGGUGGCACUGACCCUGAUCUCAAAGAAGAGAUGGAGAAGCAGUUUGUGGACCUCUUGUCAGAGGAGUUGAAGUUGCAGGAGGCUGUUUCUGGAGAGCAUACUCGCCAUAUGAACAUCACCUUUGCUGAAGCAAAACGGGUUGCUUCCCAGUACCAAAGAGAGGCAGAAAAAUGCAAUGCUGCCACCGAAACAUGUGAGGAGGCCAGAGAGCGAGCUGAGGCAUUUCUGAGCAAGGAGAGGAAAGUUACCGCCUUGUGGGAGCAAAGAGCCCGGAAAAUGGGUUGGGAAGGGGAAUAAUUGUUUAUGUAAAUUGUUACAUAAAAUUCCUAGAUAAACUGUUGAUUCAUUCCACCUUGAUAUUCAAGCAGAGAAUGCAAAAUGCUAUUGUUGUCUUUUGAUUCUCUGAAGGCAAAAGGGCAUCUCUUUCUCCUUCUCCCUCGUAGUUGCAUCUAUAAAUUUUUUACCUGUAUCUGAUGUACGCGGUGGACCUGUAACCUCCAAAAUUUCUAUAAUGUGAUUUCUUACUUCACUCUUUCCAGCAUUUUGAUUUAUUUU